CUACAUCUAUGAUUUUCUGAUUAUUUAAUCACCUGGUUUUAUUUUUUUCUAUUUAAUUUUUUUCACGACUGGCAAUAUCGUAAUCGACUAAAAAGCUAUUAACUAUCGUUAUCAAGAUACAGACUCAAGCGAGUGCUCGAAUAGUGCAACCGACUGUUGCCGAAGUUUACCGAACACAGAUCAAAGGAAACGAAACAAAAACCUUUUUCGCCGUCGGUACUCGGUACCCGUUCCGUUUUGAUCGUCAAGUGAAGUCGCGUCCUUCGGGCGAUUGUGCAACGAAGUUUAUGUCAUGAAACUUUCGAAGUUUUUAAAACUUUCAAAAAUAAUUUAGAAAUGUUUUUAACACUAAAACUCUUUUAAUAGUGGCAUAAGUGGAAUUAUAAUAUGUUUAUAAGGUUGAAUAACUUAGUAUUUAUACGUACAAAGUUGAGUGAACUUAUGAAGUUGUGAGUAAUUCCUACCUUGUUCAUAGUUGCAAGGCGAGCGAAUUCCACAGGUGUAUAACGAAUGUUGUGGCUACUAAAAUCCUAGCAACCGAUUUACAAUGACAGAACUCUCUGCAUAGUUUCACAAAGGUGUGUUAAGGUGUCUAAAUAUUAAGAAAAUGUAAACAAAAGUGUGUUAAACACGAAACAAGAAGAUCUAACGUGUCAUGGAAGAAUUGGAGCGGUGGUCCAAGAUGCAUCGCAAUCAGUUUUACGGAACUUUUAUCUUAUUAUUUUUCUACAUUGUACAUCCUACAUCGUCAAUAAAUAGUACAGUACAAAUGCAACCACCUCGGUUUAGCAUGCAACCAUCAUCAUCAAAUAGUAUAGUUCGAGAAGGUACUACAAAAAUCUUACAAUGCUCUGCAAUGGGCAUACCGCAACCAAUGUACAGAUGGUUGCGGAAUGGGGUACCACUCAGUGAUUAUUCAUCAGAGUUGUUUUAUAAGAUUCAUAAUACCCAGCGGCAGGAUGCCGGAGCUUACCAGUGUAUAGCGAAAAAUGAUGUCGGAGCAAUAUUCAGCGAAAAGAACAACAUUGUCGUCGCGUAUAUGGGUGUUUUUGAACCAGUUGCUGAAACAAUCGUAACUGUCGAGUCUGGUAGAGCGGCAGUUUUAGCAUUUCCUAAGAUAGAAUCAGAACCACCGCCAUCGGUCAUAUGGCAAGAUGAGAUUGGUGCUCUGCGAUAUGACCAAAAAUAUGCUGUCACCAACAAACAUGAACUUGUAAUCUUGUGUACUUCACAUGAAGAUGAGAAGGCGUACAGAGUACGUGCUAUAAAUACGCAGUUAGGAAAAGAAGAAAACAGCCCAUAUAUACAACUUAACGUUUUUGGCAAUGAUAGUAAAGAAAUACCUCCAGAAAUUAUUAUAAAACCAGAAGACACCAAAAUUGUGAAAGGACAAGAAUACACAAGUCUAUAUUGUAUUGCAAACGCAAGACCAUUACACGAAUUAGAAACCUUGUGGUUUAAAGAUGGGAUUAUGAUUGAUUUAGCUGGGGUUACGUUCGACUUAAACGAUCAGUGGAACAGAACCCUCACUCUUAUAUCAGCCAAUUUAACGCACACAGGGAAGUAUACAUGCCAGGCUAGACUGAAAACUGGAGGGUAUGCUACUGUCACGGCUUCCGCUUAUGUCACAGUUUUGGAAAAGCCAGUGUUUUUGUCUAAUUUAAAAUCGGAAACUUUCGGUGAAUUCGGAAGUACGAUCGUGUUGGACUGUAACGUGCAAGGUAUUCCAUUACCUAGCAUCACUUGGUAUAAGGAUGCUAGAAAAAUUGCUAGUGUUGGAGCAGAUGCCGAAGAAUCUGACAAUCCAGACAUAGAUGACGGCGGUGGAAGAUAUCGAGUGGAAGUGGAUCGGUCUCUCGUCAUUAACAACCUUAAAAUGGAGGAUACUGGAAUAUACCAGUGCAUUGCUAGCAAUGAAGCCGGCGAAUCUUCCAUUUAUACGUGGCUCAAGAUUAAAACGUCCCCGCCCAUAAUGCAGACUCCGCCGAACAACCUGACCGUGCUCGAUGGCAAGGACGCCACCAUCACGUGCCGCGCCGUCGGAGCACCCACCCCCAACGUCACCUGGUACUUUAAUGAUUCUUUGAUCAUAAACUUGUCGGCGCGACUGCAAGCACUUGAAGAAGGCGACUUGUUAAUUACAAGUACAACGAACGCUGACAGUGGAAAAUAUACCUGCGUCCGAUCCAACGAUGCUGGGAAUGUAUCCGGGGAGGCGUAUCUUACUGUACUAGUUCGAACACAAAUCAUAGCUCCACCUGUAGAUACACGUGUGUUAUUGGGUCACACGGCAACACUACAAUGCAAAGUAUCGAACGACCCGAAUGUGAAGUAUAAUAUUGAUUGGUUCCACAACAAACAGCCAAUGACAGCUGGUUCUCGGGUGUGGGUAUCAGCAGAUGGAGCGCUACAAGUGCAGGCCGUGCGCGCCAGUGACGCGGGCGAGUACACGUGUGUUGUGACGUCGCCGGGCGGGAAUCACACGCGACAUGCUGUGUUGUCCGUCAUCGAACUUCCUUUCGCUCCUACAAAUGUAAGAGCUGUCAGAUUAGAUGCCGCAUCACAGCGAGCCGUUAACGUAUCUUGGACUCCGGGCUUCGAUGGAAACUCACCCAUACAAAAAUUCAUUGUACAACGACGUGUUGUUCCCGAAUUUGGUCCUACACCUGACCCUUUGCUGAACUGGGUAACGGAGCCGGUGAACGUCUCUGCAAACCAACGUUGGGCUCUACUCACCAGUUUAAAGGCCGCUACGUCUUAUCAGUUUAGGGUAUCUGCCGUAAACACCGUUGGAGAAGGCCCUGCUUCUGAUCCUACUGAUGUCUUGACAUUGCCACAGGAAGCCCCAUCCGGUCCCCCAGUCGGUUUUAUGGGAUCAGCGCGGUCGUCUUCAGAGAUCAUAACACAAUGGCAGCCACCUCUAGAGGAGCACAGAAACGGUCACAUUUUGGGUUUCGUUAUACGAUAUAGGCUUAAGGGUUAUGACAAUAGCCCGUGGACCUAUCAAAACAUUACGAACGAAGCACAGAGAAACUAUCUCAUUCAGGACUUGAUCACUUGGAAAGAUUACAACGUACAAAUAGCUGCCUACAAUGAUAAAGGCGUUGGUGUAUUUUCCGAUAGUUAUACGAUCAAAACUAAAGAAGGCGUGCCCGAAGCGCCUCCGGAUAGUGUUCGCUGCGAGGCGGUUAACUCUACCGUCAUAAAGGUUUGGUGGACUCCUCCAAACCCUCAGAAAAUUAAUGGUAUAAACCAGGGUUACAAAAUGCAAGCAUGGAUUUGGGACGAGAAUGAAGGGGCUAACGUCGAGCAGAAACUCGUCAGUGUACCUCCCAAUCUCUUGGAUCCUUUGACUGAACAAUCAGCGAUCAUAACGGGACUUGAAAAGUUUACAAUGUACAACAUCACGGUUUUAUGCUUUACGGAACCCGGCGAUGGACCACGCAGUGAAUACGUGCAAGUUAGGACAAACGAAGACAUUCCAGAUGAAGUAGGAAGUCUACUUUUUGAUGAUAUAUCGGAUCGCGCAGUAAGAGUAUCUUGGACAGCUCCUAAAAAAUCUAAUGGUAUCUUGGUAGGAUACAAGCUGUCUUAUCAGAUGAAAGAUAGCAAUGAGACAUUCAAAGAAGAGGUGUUGCCACCAAACGUCACUAGCAUUAGAGUGGAGCACUUACAGGCUAGCACACACUACAGGUUCUGGUUAUGUGCUAUGACGGUAGUAGGCGAGGGGCCGCCGAGGGCCGCAGUGAUCCAAUCGGGCGUAGAACCUGUGCUACCUGAUGCCCCUCGCAAUCUAGCACUCUCCAACAUCGAGGCCUUUUCUGUAAUGCUGCAGUUCACACACGGAUUUGAUGGCAAUUCCUCUAUUUCACUUUGGACAGUACAGGCUCAAACAGCACGCAAUUCAUCAUGGGUGACUAUAUUCGAAGUGAACGCGCCGGACGCUCAGUCGAUACAUGUGACUGGUCUGGUACCAUUCACUACGUACAGACUGCGAUUAAUUGCCACCAACGUGGUGGGUUCGUCACCACCCUCAGAGCCGUGUAAAGAAUUUCAAACUAUCCAGGCACCACCGCAACACCCACCGAAAAACGUCACUGUACGCGCAGUUAGCGCCACCAACCUACGCGUCAGAUGGAUUCCUCUACAGCAAAGCGAAUGGUACGGUAAUCCAAAAGGCUACAACAUAACGUACACGAAGAGUGAUAGUAACGACACAUUACACAGCAUUAUUGAGGACCACACGGCCAACUCACACAUACUGUCUAAUUUGGAAGAAUGGUCGGUGUAUGAAAUACGAAUGACUGCUAUAAACGAAGUAGGCACGUCAGCUGCUAGUCCAACUGCUACAGAGAGGACAAGGGAAGCAGUUCCGUCGCGAGGUCCCGCCGAUGUAUCAGCUAAUGCGACCUCAUCAACAACCGUGGUCGUCCUUUGGGGCGACAUACCGCCCUCAGAACAAAACGGUUUAAUUGAAGGAUACAAAGUGUGCUACGCGGCGGUAGUGCCACCGCCUAGACCCGAGCAAAAGAAGGUGGAAUGCCAAGCCGUGCCAUCAAACCAAACUCACACUAUAACGCUAACAGAACUGCGAAAAUACGUAGUUUAUCAAAUUCAGGUGUUGGGUUAUACCAGGCUAGGAGAUGGAGCACUGAGCGACCCUCCGAUUACAGUCAGGACUUUUGAUGACACUCCCGGUCCACCCUCCAACGUAUCGUUUCCUGAUGUGACAUUCACGACUGCGCGCAUCAUCUGGGAUGUACCAGAGGACCCCAAUGGAGAAAUACUAGCGUACAAAGUCACAUACCAUUUAAACAGCACCACGCAGCACGUGUUCUCUAGAGAAUUCUUGCCUUCGGAUCGAACGUUCAGGGCGACGGAAUUGGUGUCGGAGCGAUACUACCAGUUCGCGGUGCGCGCGCAGACGCGGCUGGGCUGGGGCGCCACGGCGCGCGCGCUCGUGCUGACCACGGCCAACCGCGCCGCGCCGCAGCCGCCCGCCAGGCCCAACGUGGCGCGCUCUCUACUGCAGCCCCAUCACAUCACCUUCUCCUGGACCCCCGGGGACGACGGCUACGCACCGCUCAGAUACUACACUGUACAACAAAAAGAAGAUGGAGGGACAUGGCAAACAAUUCCCGAGCGUGUGGAUCCCUUCGUGACGUCAUAUACUGCUGAGGGUUUGAAACCAUUUACGGCGUAUCAGUUCCGAAUCCGCGCGACCAAUGAUAUCGGGCCGAGUCGGUACAGUAACGCAACUGAAACUGUUCGGACAUUACCUGCUGCACCGAGUAAAGCAGUUGAGAACCUGCACGUGGUGCCAAUAACUCCGAACAGCGUGCGCGUGCAGUGGUCCCCGCUGGGCGACGCGCACUGGAGCGGCGACACGCGCUCGGGCGGGUACCGCGUCCGGUACCAGCCGCUCACUGACUUCCCCACCGCGCUGCAGCACGUCAUGAAGCAGGACGUGCCUGGCACCAAGAGCGAGGAAGUAGUCCUGACGGACUUGGCAGUGGACCGCAAUUAUGAGAUCAGCGUGUGCGCGGUGAACUCGCAGGGCGCGGGCCCGAGCGGCACGCCGGGCGUGGUGUGGGUGGGCGAGGCCGUGCCCACGGCGGCGCCGGCGCACACGCGCGCGCGCGCGCUGUCGCCCACCGAGGUGGCGCUGGCCUGGGCGCCGCCCGCGCCCGCGCAUCACAACGGGGACCUGCUCGGGUACAAGAUCUUCUACCUAGUGACCGAUUCUCCUGAAGACCCGGAGCCAGGGCGACGUAUAGAGGAAGAGAUCGAAGUGGUACCUGCUACAGCUACUUCACAUUCACUCGUCUUCCUUGACAAGUAUACCCAAUAUAAAAUACAGGUGCUUGCGUUCAAUGCUGCCGGAGAUGGUCCUCGUUCAACUGCAGUGAUGGUCCGUACCUUGCAAGGUCUUCCGUCGGCUCCGCGCAAUAUAACGUUCACAGACAUUACAAUGAACAGUCUCGUCGUGUCGUGGGACCCGCCCUAUCGUCGCAAUGGCAUCAUUCAAGCUUAUCUCGUCACUUAUGAAACUAUAGAACAGGAUGAACGUUUCAGCAAGCAAGUGAAGCAAAAAGUGACAGAGCGGCGGCUGGCGGUGGGCGGGCUGGAGGAGGAAGUAGAGUACCGGUUCAGCGUGCGCGGCGUCACCGACGGCGGCGGCGCCGGCGCUGCGGCCGACGCGCGCGUGCGCACCGGGCCGCAGCCUGGCUGGCCUGGCUCGCCGGCCCCGCCGCGCGCGCUGCUGCUGCAGCCCGAGCCGGCCGCGCUGCGCCUGCGCUGGCUCAAUGCGCCGCCGCCCGCUGCGCCCGCCUCGUCCCCGACCACACCGCCCGCCGCGCCUGUACUGGGAUACUACUUUGAAGCGCGCCGCAAAGAUGACACUAGAUGGGAAACUAUCACCAGAACCAGCAAUGGAGUGUUAGAAGAGUUCACUAUAUCAUACCAAAGUCUUCUACCAUCAACGGCAUACUCAUUCCGGGUGAUAGCUUACAAUAUGUAUGGAAUCAGCAACCCAACGUACAGCGACAAAGUCAUCGUCACACCGUCAAAGUUAUACUUAGAGUAUGGAUAUUUACAAUAUCGGCCAUUCUAUAGACGCACUUGGUUCAUGGUCGCGCUAGCAGCUGCGUCAGUUAUCAUCAUAAUAAUGGUCAUUGCAAUUCUAUGUGUGAAAAGCAAGAGUUACAAAUACAAAAAAGAAGCGCAAAAAACUCUGGAGGAGUCUCUAGCGGGAGAGACCUCGGAGCGAGGCACGCUGGCCAUGGAGCUUUACCGCGGGCGCCAGAACUCGUGCGGCAGUGCCGGUGCCGGCGCCACGCUGCGGCGCGGGGCCGCGCUGCCAAAGUCCCCGCCGCGGCCGGCGCCCGGCUCCGUGGCCUACCACAGCGACGAGGAGAGCCUGCGCGCCUACGAUGAGAACCCUGACGACUCCUCGCUUACCGAGAAACCCUCGGAGAUGAGUUCGUCCGACUCCCAGAAUUCGGAAAGUGAAAACGAGAGUGUAAGAUCGGAGCCACAUAGUUUUGUAAACCACUACGCUAACGUAAAUGAUACGUUACGUCAAUCGUGGAAGAGGCAGAGACCGGUGAGGAACUACUCAAGUUAUACGGACUCGGAGCCAGAAGGCAGCGCCGUGGUCAGCCUAAACGGCGGGCAGAUCGUCAUGAACAACAUGGCGCGCUCGCGAGCUCCGCUGCCAGGCUUCUCCUCGUUCGUAUGACAGGAGCCUGCCAGCACGGCACCCGCCGAAGCCGUGCACAUGUAACAUUACACUGCCCAUUCCCAAUUAUUUAAAUUUAAUUAAAUGUUAGCUAUUGCAAUUAUUGUACAUAUCGAAUAUAAUCUAUAAGCUUUAACUAAAUUGGUAGAAAAUCUGUAAUAAAAUUAUGAUGUUUCAGAUUACGUAUUAAGAAGUUUUAAAUUAUAUAUUCGUAUAAAAGUAAAUUUAAAUUAUGUACACUUAAAGUUCAUACAGUUGCAGUUUUCAAUCAUAAACAUGGAAAAAAAUAAUUUGAAUAUUACAUUAAUAUUUAAUGCCAUACCACAAAUUAGAAAUUGAGUAAGAAGCACAUAAAACUAUUGUUAAGUAACGAGCUAUUUUUGACGAACGGCAGCUAUCAUCAGCAUUUAGUUAAAAAUAAAAUAUUGAGAUCUCGUUUAUUUAAUCUGCAAUUGAAUAGUACACUAUAAUAUUGUAAGUUUGGCGCAGCUACAUAUAAUACAUAAUGUGAAGGAUGGCAGUGAAUAGUGAGGUAUGUGUGAUACUCUUGUAGCAUACAAGUUUGUGGUCUGCAGUGAAAAAGUAACUUUGCUGUGAAUGCUCAUGCUCCUUUUGUUAUAUCGUUGUUAAAAGUAAUUACUUUACUCUAUUGGCAAAAAGGGGGUGGAGAAUGUUCAAGUGGUUAGACUUUGCGUAUGUACUUAUUAUUAUGUUUAUUAGACAUUACUUUUUGAUGCAAGUUGUUUUCCGUCAACCGCGCCGCUUAUAAAUAAAAAAAGUAUUAAACAAUGUAUAAAAAAAUAUCUUUUCCAGUUCUAAGUAGAAAAUAUCCAAUAAAACUUGUUUGAAUCCUCAUAUUUUUCGUGUGAGUGAUUCGCCAACAUUUAUAUUAUGUAAUUACUCUAUCCGAAAAACCUUUUAACACCAAGAGGUGUUGUGAAGUACUAUAAGAAUAGUAAUACGUCGGCUGUUCUCCACAAAACUAUUCAAUGUGCAAGUCAGCCAGUAUAUAUAUACUAUUCGAAUUUAAGUAAAAUAAAUCAAGUUUAUAUUUAUUAUUAUUAGCGUAAUAAUAUUACUUGGCCGUUAUUGAAAAAUGGAAAUGGAACAUUUUGUCACACUUAAAAUUUUAAUUAUGUAUUACUAUUGUUUAAUCAGUAUUGAUUAGUGUCUAGUUUAUAAUCUGUAACUCCAGUUUCAAGUGACUCGUCUAAUAGACCAAUAAGCACAUAGUUAUUUAGCAUUUUAUAAUAUUUUUUAUAAUUAAUAUGCAAUUGACUGAUAGAUUUAGUGUCUAAUCCUUUACAUGUGUACAUAUAUUUUAAAGGUGACUAAAAUUACCUGGUAUUUAUUCAAAAACAUUUGGCACAAUUUACCUAAAAUAACCUGUGAUUUAUGUAUGUAUUUUAAAUUAUAACUAAUGACAUAUCUAUUAUUCAUAAACUGUAAUAUCAAAAAGAUAAAUUACUCUGAUGAUAUGACUAUAAUUUUUUGUUAAUACAUGGUUUUCAAUAUUAGAUGACGCAUGAUUUCAUAAUUUAGCGGCAUCACUUGAUCGUAUAUCACUGCAAAUCGAAAACGAUUAUCAUUACGUAUGUACAUACAAAACAUAAAAAAAAAAUCCGAUUAAGGUGUGCCAUGAAUUCAAAGACUAAACCAACUUUGUCAAUAGUUGUAUCCUAGGACAUAAAUAUUUUUUUUAUUUACCUAUUAAAUAGAAUUAAUUGAAUCCUAAACUGUAUUUGUUUUUGCUCCUUGAUUUAUGAUGAUAGAUCACUUUAAGGCUGUUGAUUUACCAAAGCUAAAAACGGGAAU